UUUUUGAAUACUCUAUCUAUCUAUAUUGCUUUACGGAAUAAUCUUCUUGAUUGUGGCUCAUGAACUUAAUAAGUUACAUAAACGCGUUGACCGGCUUUAUAACAGUGUUCAGCGUAGCCAACACGGCGGCAAUGCCUCGGGUAACACAAAGUCAGAAGAAUAAUUAUUCCCCGGGCCUACUUCAUCCGUAUGAACAGUGUUACAGUGUUAUGAUGACGAUAGCUGUUGGACUAACUUGGCCCCGGAUGAGGAGCAAUAUUCGGUGGAGCUGAACGCCCCGUUACACUGUACGGCUUAUACCGGCCCUCCCCUCGUAGCUGGUUUGACUUUAGCUAGUGUGGGUAUGGGAGGAUAUAAUAUUUAUGCUCAGAGAAUGAAGGAUAGAGGUUCGAAUUGCAGCCUAGUCUACAUGCCAAGCAAUGAUGGCACUGGAGUUAUGUUGUAUUACCAACCGACAGGAUCAUGUGACACUACUGCAUCAGUUCAACAGAUGAGGGAUUCAUUAGCUGGUGCUGUACAAGCUAUCAACUCUGUAAAGCCAGGUCAUGCUGGGUGUAUAGGGUUAGAUCAUGGAGGAAGGUACCACGGUUAUGUAGCUAUCGGCACUAAUAAUCUAGAUGGACCAGGCGCUGUGCAAAACCAAUGUGCAUGCGGUGAACAAGUAUGAGAUGGGAGAGCCGCUUAUAUUAGAACAGAGCUUUGAUAUUAAGUGCUCACCUGCUGGUAUAGCUACAUGUACAUGUGUAAAAGAGCUAUAGAUAAAU